AUGGCUACUGAUAAUUUUACAGUGGUCACAGAGUUCAUUCUUUUAGGACUCACGGACAAUCCAGAACUGAAAGUUUUCCUCUUUGUGCUGUUCCUUCUCAUCUAUGCUGUUUCCUUGGUGGGGAAUCUAGGAAUGCUCUUUCUAAUCCAAAUAACUCCCAAACUCCAGACUCCUAUGUACCAUUUCCUUAGUUGUCUGUCCUUUGUUGAUGCCUGCUAUUCAUCAGUCUUUGCACCCAAAAUGCUACUCAACUUCUUCGUGGAACUAGAGACCAUCUCAUUCUCUGCUUGCAUUGUGCAAUACUUUUUCUUUGUAGCCCUUCUUACCACGGAAGGUUUCUUGCUGGCUGCAAUGGCUUAUGACCGCUACAUGGCCAUUGCCAACCCUUUACUUUACACAGUAGCUAUGACGAAAAUGGUUUGUGUGGUCUUGGUCAUUGGCUCAUGUGUAGGCGGCUUCAUCAACUCAUUGACACACACAAUAGGUUUGGUGAAACUUUCUUUCUGUGGGCCAAAUGUCAUCAGUCAUUUCUUCUGUGACCUCCCUCCUCUACUGAAGCUGUCAUGUUCUGACACAUCCUUGAAUGAACUGUUGCUUUUGAUCUUUUCUGGCGUCAUUGCCAUGAUCACCUUUUUGACUGUGAUGGUCUCCUAUGUCUUCAUUGUUGCUGCUAUCCUGAGGAUUCGCUCAGCUUCAGGGAGACAUAAAGCCUUUUCCACCUGCGCAUCUCAUCUGACAGCUGUGACUUUAUUCUAUGGCUCUAUAAGUUUUAGUUAUAUUCAACCCAGCUCCCAAUAUUCCUUAGAACAAGAAAAGGUUGUUUCGGUGUUUUAUACCUUGGUGAUCCCUAUGUUAAACCCUUUGAUUUACAGCCUGAGGAACAAUGAAGUUAAGGAGGCUGUGAAACGGGCAAUAGAAAUGAAAUAUUUCCCUUGUUAA